CACGCUGUGACCGGCUGCUGAGCUCCGUGAAUGCUGGGAGAAAGAAAACAUGGCGGCGGGGCCCAGCCGGACGGAAAUUCAGACCCUUUUUAAGCGUCUGCGAGCUGUGCCAGCCAAUAAGUCCUGUUUCGACUGCGGGGCAAAGAACCCGAGCUGGGCCAGUAUCACCUACGGGGUGUUUCUUUGCAUCGACUGUUCCGGAACCCACCGCUCGCUGGGCGUUCAUGUCAGCUUCAUCCGAUCUACAGAGCUUGACUCCAACUGGAGCUGGUUUCAGUUGAGGUGUAUGCAAGUGGGUAGCAAUGCCAAUGCGACAGCUUUUUUCUGCCAGCAUGGCUGUACCACCUCAGAUGCCCCUGCCAAGUAUAAUAGCCGUGCUGCUCACAUGUACCGAGAAAAGAUCCAGCAGCUGGCAAGUGCUGCUAUGGCCAAAUAUGGAAAUGAUCUCCUGAUUGAUGGCCUGAGUGGGAUUCCUGGCCACUCUCUGGAGAGGAAUGAUGCUGAUUUCUUCUUGGAGCAUACACAGGCUUGUAGUGACUGGGAUGUGGCUAAGAUGGAGCAGAGCACAGUAGAGUCCACAUCAGAAUUGGAGAAACCAGCAAAGCCAUCUGAAAAUAAUGGGGUUCCACAGGCUGACCAAGGUCCAUCCAUUGAGUUAUUGAGCACCUCUCCCAAAGGCUCCCUUGACGCUUCCAUGUGUCUGUCUCCACAAGGGGCAGCUCCGGCCAGAGAAAUAAAGCCUUCCCUUAUUGGAAAGAAGAAGGCAGGUGGAACAAAAAAGGGGCUGGGAGCCAAAAAAGGUCUUGGAGCUCAAAAAGUGAGCAGUCAGAGUUUUACAGAAGUUGAACGGCAAGCCCAGAUGGCAGAAAAGCUGAAAGAACAACAAGCAGCUGAGUACAGAAAGCAAGCAGAGGAAUCUGUCGUGGCCUCAAUGAGAUUGGCCUAUCAAGAGCUUCAAAUUGACCGGAAGAAGGAGGAAAAGAAACUUCAAAAUUUAGAAGGGAAGAAGCGUGAACAGGCUGAAAGACUAGGCAUGGGCUUGGUGUCCAGAAGUUCCAUUUCGCAUUCCGUCCUGUCUGAGAUGCAAGUAAUAGAACAAGAAACACCAGCGAGUGUAAAGUCCUCUAGGUCUCAGCUGGGCCUCUUUGAAGAUACUGGAAGCUUCACAUCUGGACCACCCAAGUACAAAGAUAAUCCAUUCUCACUAGGGGACGGUUUUGGUUCACAAUGGGAAACAGAAAUGCCUUCCUGGGGACUUGACAAAAGAGAAGAGGAGACAGACAUCACAGUGUCAAGCAUCCGACCCAUUGGUGACAGACCGACCAGCAGAAGAGAAACGGAGAGCAAGGUAUCAGAGUCUAACGAAGCUCGACAGAAGUUUGCAGGUGCCAAAGCCAUCUCAUCUGACAUGUUCUUUGGGCGAGAAGUUGAUGCUGAGUAUGAGGCCAGAUCCCGACUUCAGCAGCUCUCAGGAAGCAAUGCCAUUAGUUCAGUGGAUCUUUUUGGAGAAUCUGAAACAGCAAAUUUGGGUGGUGUAUCCAUUGGAAAUGUACUACCGGCAGCUGACAUUGCUCAGUUCAAGCAGGGAGUAAAGUCGGUUGCUGGCAAGAUGGCUGUCCUGGCCAACGGUGUGAUGAACUCGCUGCAGGACCGCUAUGGUUCAUAUUGAUGAUCUAGAAGACUAUACCUCUUGGCCAUCGGGUGUAACACCACUUGAACUUGGAAACUUGGAAAUACCACAUGAGAAGUCUACAGGAUAAUUUUUAAACUGAGCAGAGCUGAGGUCUGCUUGAGAAUAGAAGAAAUGGACAUGCUUGUCCUAUACUCGAAAGUUUUCUGGACAAUUGUUUUGUAUUAGAAAACAAAUAUUUUGUCAAAACCCAGCCUUCAAUGAUUGAAGUAUGGGCCUUUCCAGAGAACACCCCUCUGCUGCUAUGGAUUGAGAUAGGGUGCAGAUGUCAUUGUGGUGCUGCUCUUUAUAUUUCUCUUUGUCUCCCUGACUGCUAUUGGUGGACUUAGUAUUGUGGAAGCAGGAAAGUAGUGUGUAAUAUUUCUCAUGCUUCUGCAUGAAUUCAGAGGCAAAUUAUAGUACUUGUUGCAUUGGUGGAGACUCUAGAACCUAUGCUCCAGAAUAGAGUGAAAUUCCUUCCUCUGUCCAUGGUAAUCUUACUGCCUUAAGGAACCAGUGUGAUGCACCAUUUUAGAAUAGUGGCUUAAAAGCACAAACAUACAGCAUGCAGUGAAAGGUCAGAACUCUUGGCCUUAGUUAAGAUUCUUUUAUUUUGCAAAUAUGACUGAUGAUAAGUUUGUGCAGGAGAUAGGAGAUCUUCAGUGAUAAGCAAGGAAAGGUUAUCAAACCUUUCCUAUAAUCAGUUGGUUGUCCAUUGAGUGCUGUCUUUUAUUUCAUGUGCUAAAAGAAAUUGGAGCUGAAAUGAAUGUUUACUAUAUUCACUCCAUUUACUGUGUCCCAUUGUUGUUGCAUAACCAUUGCUACUACUGCCUUCCUU